UGUCUGUCGGUCUGUCUGUCUGUCUGUCUGUCUGUCUGUCUGACUGUCUGUCGGUCUGUCUGUCGGUCUGUCUGUCUGUCUGCAGACAUGUCCUCCCGGGCUGAAAGUAAGACAGCCUCCCAGUUUGCGUCAUUGACCAUGAGGCUGAAGGACAAGCUCCACCCCCCGAGGAUCAAACGCUCUGAACGAAUCAAACACACCCCGUCACAGAGAGCCAAACCCCCGGACCUGAACCUGCAACACACGUUGCAGCACAAGGUGUGUGUGCUGGAGGAGCAGCAGCGUGCCGUGGUUAGCUCCCUGCAGUACUUUAAGGCUCUGGUGGACCGGCUGGGUGUGGACAGAUGUGGCGUGGACCGGCUGAUGGACCAGGCGGUGGUGGGCGGGCUGCUGGGUGGGGCCACCAGUGGCGUGCUGGAGGCAGUGCAGACUCUGGUCCAGCUGGAGCCUCACCUGCACAAAAGUAAGACCGUCUCCUGCUGUCUCACCCGUCUCUACCUGUCUCUGGCUCAGCUGAUCCGCUGGGCCGAUCAGGUGAUGCUGCAAGGCGUCUCCCACAACAGCAAAGACUCAACAACAAGCGUGACCACUGUGAUCAGGGCUGUGCUGGACGGGGUCAAGGAACUCGUUCGAUUGGCUGCAGAGAGACAGGGUGACUCCACCCCCUUGACUCCUGUCCAAUCACAGGCUCCCGUGGGACAGACAGGUGGAUUUGAGGACCAACAGACAUCAGACAGGACUUCCACCUGCCGGAGUCCAGGAGCUCCUGCACAGGAGGAGGAGGAGGAGGAGGUGAGGAGAGGGGAGGAGCAGAUGCCUUCAGCUCCUCCAAAACCACCCAUGCCUUUUCCAGAGCUCCUCCCACAGGUGUCCCCACGAAAAGUUUCCUUGUCCCCCCGACAGGUGUCCCCCCCGCAGGAACCCAAUCCUCCAGCUCUGCCGCCAAAAAAGCGUAACUCAUCGUCAGGCCUUGCCCCCUGCAGAGUUGCCAUAGUAGCACCAAUGAGGCGAGAGCCUGAAGUGGACAGACAGGUGCAGCAGGAGGACGAGUGUUUGAAGCGCUGCUCCACCUCGUCUGCAGAGGACGAUCCAGACUACGACUUCCUCCACAGAGACCUGUCCUCCUCUGAGACGUUGCCUCCUCUUCCUCCGUCCUCGUCCCCACCAGCCCUCCCUCAGAAGACACGCUGCAGCACGGCAGGGCCUCUCGGCUCUCAGGCCACAUUUGGGUUUGACUCCGCCCCUCCGGAGCAGAGCCCCGCCCUCUGUGAUGAUGUCACUGGUCCUGAUGCGCCCCUGUCCUCGCCGCUGUCCCCCAGUAAGACGCCCCCACCGCUCCCCGAGAAGAAACGACACAUCCAGGAGUACCUCCAGUUCUGUGCGUCAUACAGCGCUCCGUCAGCUGACAUGUUCUACCAGCGACCUUCGACCUCCAGUCAGCACUACAACAGCCGGCAGCGGGAGGUGGAGACCACCUACCAGCUGUCACAUACACACCUGGACACACAUCAGGACACACACCUGGAGACACACCUGGACACACACCUGGACACACAGCCUUUAGACUCCGCCCCCUCGCCUGGCCUGCAUCCCGCUCCAGUUCUACCUCCAAAGAAGAGACAACCGGAUUCAGUUGGAACAGAAGAAGAGAACCAGACCAGAGAGAGUUCUCAGAGUCUCCAGCAGGAGGCAGAGCAUGGUAGGAGAAGCAGGGAGCAGGAGGAGCAGGAGGAGCAGGAGGAGCAGGAGGAGCAGGAGUUACUCACCAACCGGCAGGAGAUCCUCCGUAGAAUCACAAUGAAAGCUCAGGAGGAGGACGGGCCGGACGUGAAGGGGGCAUCUCCUGAGAUCCUGCUGGUCUACGCCACAGAGACCGAUGGGGGGGCGGGAGAACAGGUCCUGUACCGCGAAGCCUUCCUCUCUACCUACAGGACCUUCAUUAGCCCCAAUGAUGUCAUCAGUAAACUACAGCGAAGGUACAGACACCUGUGUAAAAGAGCCGAACACCUGACCACCGCCAAGAACACCUUCCACCUGCUGGUCAGAGUGGUGGACGAGCUGUGUGCUGUGGAGCUGGACUCUGAUUUGCUGCUGCUGCUGCUGGAGCUGGUGUUCAGCCUCCUGGUUGGUGGAGAGCUAGGCCCCGCCCACCUGCUGCGCUCCAACAUCCUUUCUAAGAUGGAGAAGCGCUGGCAGCUGAUUGACUCUCCUCAGUCGCUCCGCCCCCUCGCCGCCCGGGGCGUGGCUGCCAGACCAGGAACCCUGCUGGACUUCAGGAGUCAGGAUCUCGCUGAACAGCUGACCCUGCUGGACUCUGAACUCUUCUGCAAGAUCGGGCUCCCGGAAGUGUUGCUGUGGUCCAGAGAGCAGAAUGAGGAGAAGAGUCCGAACCUGACAGAGUUCACGCAGCACUUCAACAGCGUGUCCUUCUGGGUUCGUUCUGUCAUCAUCCUGCAGGACAAACCUCAGGACAGAGAGAAACUGCUGCUGAAGUUCCUCAAGACGAUGAAGCACCUCCGGAAGCUGAACAACUUUAACUCGUACCUGUCCAUCCUGUCAGCGCUGGACUCCGCCCCCCUGAGACGCCUGGACUGGCAGAGAAACACAUCUGAGGCUCUUGAGGAGUACAGCUCUUUGAUUGACAGCUCAUCAUCUUUCAGAGCAUACAGAGCAGCUCUGGCUGAAGUGGAACCGCCCUGCAUACCCUACCUGGGUUUGAUCCUUCAGGACUUGACCUUUGUCCACCUGGGGAAUCCUGACACGCUAAUGACAUCACAGGGGUCAAAGGUGAACUUCUCUAAGCGCUGGCAGCAGUUUAACAUCCUGGAUACGCUGAGGAGCUACCAGCAGAUCCCGUACACCCUGCAGCCCAAUGAUGACAUCAUAUCCUUCUUCAAUGACUUCAGCGACCACCUGGCGGAGGAAGCUCUGUGGGAACUCUCGCUCAGACUCCGCCCACGGAACACCCCGCGAGCCAAUCAGAGAUGACUACUACAACAUGUUGAUAUUCAGGACCGAACCGCUGCAAAUGUUUGUGUGCUAACGUGCUAAUAUGGACUGUUCCUGCAGAAUCCAGCUGUUAGCUGAUGUUAGCCAGGUGUUAGCCGAAGUUAGCCAGGUGUUAGCUAGAUGUUAGCCGAGGUUAGCCAGGUGUUAGCUGAGGUUAGCCAGGUGUAAGCUGAAGUUAGCCAGGUGUUUGCUGAGGUUAGCCAGGUGUUAGCAGCGGUUAGCCAGGUGUUGGCUGAGGUUAGCCUGGUGUUAGCUGAAGUUUGCAAGGUGUUAGCUGAGAUGAGCCAGGUGUUAGCUGAAGUUAACCAGGUGUUAGCUGAAUUUAGCCAUGUGUUAGCUGAAGUUAGCCAGGUGUUAGCUAAGGUUAGCCAGCUGUUAGCUGAAGUUAGCCAGGUGUUAGCCAGGUGUUAGCCGAAGUUAGCCAGGUGUUAGCUGAAGUUAGCCAGGUGUUAGCUGAAGUUAGCCAGGUGUUAGCUGAGGUUAGCAGGUGAUAGCUGAGGAGGAUUGGUUUCUGUCUGUAAUAUAUCCACAGUAAUAUUUUAUUAAACGUCUCUGCUCUGA